AUGCGGUGGCUUCUCCUGGCGUUGGCCGUGUGCUUGGCCUACGCAGCCGACAAGUCCAAGUUCAAGACUUGUGAACAGGUUGGGUUUUGCAAGUAAGUUUGUUUAUGAUUGUUGUUACUGCAGUAGGGGCUACUAUCAGUUCGUACUGUCAAAGGUUCUCGUGAUAGAAUCAAACGUGAAAAAUUCUCAUGGUGGUGUUAAUAUUGUUUAUACAAGUUUGUACACUUCGAUAAGGGUUCUGAAGCCCGUCAUACUAAGCUGACUUCUUUUAGAUACCGUAACAAUAGCUUUUAGGGGCACUAAAUGCAUAAAAUGUCUUAUAAAGGUACUGUUUAACCAUGAUAUAACGAAAGAAGUACCCUUCUGUCUAACAAAAACCUGUACAAAUCAAAUACCUAUGUCUUCCAGAAGCUCUCACAUCCAAUCUUGUCAAACUAUAACCCGUACUUUCAACAAAACCUAAAAACUUAAAGUAAAACCUAUUUACAAUAUCAAUCUUUUAAUAAACCCCAAUAACAACACCGAUUCCUUUUCAGAAGACACCGCCAAGGACAAGAACGUGUACCGUACUCAAUCAUUCCAAGCUCAGUAAAGGCCAAUGAGACAGCUUUGUUAGCCCAGCUAAAAUCUAAAGAAAACACUUUAGAGUUGGCUGUCAUCGUACUCAAAGAUAGCACGCUGCGAAUCUUCGCCGACGAAAGCGGCGAACGACAACGGGCACGAUACAUUCCAUAUGAUGCUUUCGUCGGGUUACCUACUCAGGAAAAGUAAGGGAGUACUGGUUUUUUAUUGACUUUUAGGGAAUGGCACGGUGAUAAUUAGAGAGUACGGUACUUAAAAGUAUUGCUAAGGCGUACGAUACUAAAAAGUACUGCUGUACAAUGAAAAGCUCGGACAAAAAGAAGAUAUACAGCGCAAUAACAGCCGUUGUAACUAACAAAAACCAUCAAUACAGUAUUUACUUAAUCUUAUUGAUAUACUUAUCAAUAUAAAACAACAUUUAACACUUUACCUAUCAAUAAUCACCACAAUCUUCAAGUAUAUAAGCCCGGUCUUCAAAUCUAUAACCAAAACCUUCAAAAAUACUUUUCAGAAUCUCAGAAGUAAAGAUCGAAGACACCAAAGCCACUUUCGUACCAUUUAAAAACAAGAAAGUCGUGGUCAACUAUAACCCCUUCUGGGUUGAAGUCUACGACAAGGAAGACUUGUUAAUAGCCGUGAACUCAAACGGAUUAUUUAAAUUUGAACAUUUCCGUAACCAAGGUUCUGAGCCUGAAAAAGACGGUGAGGGCUUCUGGGAAGAGAAGUUCAGUAGCUGGACUGACAGUAAGCCUUUCGGUUCGUCAGCCGUCGGAUUGGAUGUAGAGUUCUUUGGCUUCAAGUACCUUUAUGGUCUACCUGAACAUGCCAUGUCAUUGGCGCUUAAGAGCACUUUGUAAGUUACAUAAAGGCUUUUCAUAACAAGAAUAAAAGUUAAGUAGCUCAGAAUGAGUUGAACAACCUAAUAUAUUAGGUGCCGACAUAAAGAGCCCACCAUAUUUUGACUGUAAUUUCCUGUAAAAAAUGGCGGGUUCUUUAUGUCGGCACCUAAUAUUUAAAACCCAAUCUACCCCCUUCCUUGCUCAAUAUGACAAGACAAGAUUCUUAACAACAAAAGCAAAAACGUAUUUUAAGACCAAACCAAAUCGACCCCUACCGUAUCUACAAUGUAGACAUUUUCGAAUACGAAAUGAACUCUCCCAUGUCAUUGUACGGUGGAUCUCCAUUGGUCAUUGCUCAUAACAAGUACAAGACGGUUGGAGCUUACUGGUUCAACGUCGCUGACACCUGGGUGGAUGUGCAUUCAUCUGCUCUUGAUAAGGUAACUUUUGGAGCUUUAACAAAACAGAAUAGAAGCUACGUAUUUUACAAGAUAUGUCUUUAUGUACAUCUAUAUAUAUCAAGUAUAAUAUAUCGAUCUUACUUGUAAAACUGAAUUAUGUUACCUUAUUUUGCCUUACAUUACUAUCAAAAUCAUAUAAAGUUGUUCAAAAAAUCAGUUGCCCACUAAUCCCAAAAAAUCGCUUUGAGGUAGAGCACAGGAUUAAUUGAACAGUCUAAUAUUCCAAAUUUUAAAAAAUUUUUAAAACUUUCUUGAUCAAUAUGCAAAAUCGUAUGUUACAUUACUUUUUACAAACACCUACAUAGGCUAACACUGGAUAAUACCAUUUUAGCAAAAACUUUGUUAUAGGGUAUCGUGAACAAACUAGUAGACAAGUUCACGUUCAAUGAAGGUCAAGAUCACGCUGGAGCUCACUUCAUGUCAGAAGCUGGUGUAGCCGACCUUUUCCUGUUCUUGGGUCCAACUCCAAAUGACAUCUACAGACAAGAGGCCAACCUUGCUGGUACUCAUCCUCUUCCUCCAGUAAGUUAGCUAGAUACUACUUUUUAAACUUUUAUGCUUAUAUUUAAAGUUUCUUACCUUUCCUAACAAAAUUAUAAGCCAUCCUUCAAGCUGAACCCUACUACAAUAUACAAAACCCCUUUUUUUAGAUCACCGGAAUCGCCUACCAUCAAUGCCGUUGGAACUACAAUGACGAGAAAGAUGUCCUAGAUGUAGACAAAAACUUUGACAAAUACGACAUUCCUUACGACACCAUCUGGCUUGACAUUGAGCACACCGAUGGCAAACGCUACUUCACCUGGGACCCUGACCGUUUCCCCAACCCUCAGGAGAUGAUCAAGAAGAUCGAGACCAAGAGUCGAUCAGUGGUCACGAUCGUUGAUCCUCACGUCAAGAAGGACGAGAACUACCCAACGUACCAGUUGGCCAAGGAACGUGAUUACUAUGUAAAGAACGCCGGAGGUCAAAGCGACUACGAGGGUGACUGUUGGCCUGGUCGAUCAUCGUAUCUUGACUUGCUAAAUCCUCAAGUACGUGAGUAUCUAGCCGACAGAUAUCUGUUGGAGAACUAUCACGGCUCCACGGAACGUUUGUGGACGUGGAACGAUAUGAAUGAGCCAUCAGUGUUCAGUGGACCUGAGAUGAGUAUGCCGAGAGAUAAUAUUCACCAUGGUGGAUGGGAGAACAGAGAGAUUCACAACAUCUACGGAAUGUUAUACGUAGGUUCUUUGGGUGAUAGUUAGCAUGAAUAACAUUUUAUCGUAAACAGCUGUUAAAGUUGUAAACGGCUUCACAAUAGUGCAAUGGCUUCAAAACUUCAAAAAUAGAAUUGAGUAACCUAUCAUAAUAUAAUCAUCCCUUUUUCAGCACAACUCCACCUACUUUGGUCACCUCCGCCGUUCCAACAACAAGCUCCGCCCCUUCAUCCUUACCCGUUCCUUCUUCACUGGUACUCAACGUACCUCAGCCAUCUGGACAGGUGAUAACGCUGCCGAAUGGAUUCAUCUCAAGGCUACCAUCCCAAUGUUACUGUCGCUUUCAAUUGCUGGCUUCCCAAAUGUCGGUGCUGAUGUGGGAGGCUUCUUCGGAAACCCAACUGAAGAACUGUUGGUCAGAUGGUACCAAGCUGGUGCCUUCCAACCCUUCUUCCGAGCUCACGCCCACUUGGACAGUAAGCGACGUGAACCAUGGUUGUUCAGUGAUGAGACCAGAAACAACAUCCGUGAUGCUGUGAUUCGUCGGUACCAGCUGUUGCCUUACUGGUACACCUUGUUCUACGAACAUUCCAAGAACGGCAAGCCUAUUAUGAGACCAAUUUGGUCCGAAUUCCCCGGAGAUGAGAAUGGAUUCGACGAGGAAAGAGAGUACAUGCUGGGUAAUGCUCUGUUAGUACGGCCAGUUACUGACCCUGAAGUCAAGUCUGUAUCACUUUACAUUCCUGGAUACCAACAGGUCUGGUACGACUGGGACACUGGCAAGAUGCACGUCUCUCCUGGCGCCAUCUACACCGACACUCCAAUGUCCAAGAUCCCAGUGUACCAACGCGGUGGUACUAUUGUACCAGUCCGUACCAGAAUCCGCCGAUCGGCCGCUUUGAUGAGGAACGAUCCAAUCACGUUGUACAUUGCCAGUGAAUUAAACCGUGACUUUGCCAACGGAACCUUGUAUCUGGAUGACGGAGAAUCUUAUGGUUACAAGGAUGGUGAUUACAUGUUCUGGAGCUAUACCUACAAGAAGAACACUGACUUCUUGUACACCAUUACUAGCAAGAACUUAGACAAGAACGGUCAGUUCGACCCAGAUGUGUACAUCGAGAAGAUUAUUAUCAGAGGCGUCAGAUAUUACCCACGCAACGUUCACUUGUACUAUGAUGGUAAGUUUUUAAUAUUUUAAUUAAUCUUUACCUAUAUUUUACCUUUUUGAUGUUGUUAUAGGUAAUUUUAAAGCUUUUUUUAUUUUUUAAGUGUUAAGGUUGAUCUGUUCUUAAAUACCUUGUCAAUUCUACAUUAAUAUGGCCACAAUAGUGCCUUUUAAAAAACUUAAAGGACCAGUUCGCCCAUUCAAAUAUCAUUGGCAUUCUGUCGCAAAAAGCGUCGAAAAUCAGGCAAUUUCAAUCAAAAUCAUUUUUCUCAAAAAACGUAAGUGGGUCGGUGUCGAAAUGAAUUUUCCAAUUUGGGACCGACCUGCUCAGGUUUUUUGCGAAAAAAAUGAACAUCGAAUUUUUGCGACAGAAUGCCAAUGAUAUUUGAAUGGGCGAACUGGUCCUUUAAUCCCACCUUUUCAGACUACAACCCAGAAGACCUCGAGUUUACGCACGACCGUGAGCUUCGCGAAGUCGUGAUUCGCAAGCCUAACGCCUUCGUAUCGCGCGAAUGGAGGAUCGACAUCCACAUUUGA